GCCAUUGAUCAGCGCCGCGGUCAUCAUGGGUUAUUAGAUCAACGGCUCUUAUCGACGGUCUCACCGAGAGGUCUCCAGAGGAGACACUCAGCUGAUUACAACUCCGACGCCGCUCAUUUCCUCAGAUCCUGCUCUCUCUGCAGACGCCAACUUGUUCCCGGCCACGACAUCUAUAUGUAUAGGGGAGAUAGGGCCUUUUGUAGCUCAGAGUGCAGGCAGCAGCAGAUGAAACAGGACGAGAAGAAAGAGAAAAGCGCGUUUGCGGCCAAGAAAGAGACGGCGGUGGAAGCCGCAAACGCAGACGUAAACGCUGAUCCUGGCAAAGGAGAGAGAGUGGUCGCCGCCGUGUAGUGUCUAAUACAUAUACAUACAUAUGUAUGAGACUAUGUUUGUAUAUUGUUACUAAUAUGGUAAUUCAUAUGAAGCAUCGUUGACCGUGAUUAACCUAGUUAAUCACCCUCUUUAUCGUGGAGCCAAUCCGAUGUAUGGAAAUUAAAUGUUUUGUUUGAGGGUUUGAAUUUACAAGUUUUGAUGUCUCUCUCUAAAUUGUUUCAGAAUUUGUACUUUUUAUAUUUUAAGCAUAAAAAAAAGGAAAAAAAGGGAGAGAGAGAGAGAGAGAGAGAGAGAGAAAGAGUUGUGUACUGUUGUUCGAAUAUUGGAUUUAUCAGUUCAUGUACGAUUA